AUGGCGGUGCUUGGGGCGGUGACAGACGCGAUCGGCGAGCGCGGGCUGGCGCCCAGCCCGACGGCCGUCUUCGCGGCGAUACUGGCGUCGCUAGAGAAGGAGGAGACGUUGUCAAGCCCAGAGGUUGUUGCCGCCAUGUGCACUGUGCUCAGCGCAGCGUUGGUGCGCAUGCCGAGCUCAGUGCUGCGCAGCAAACAGCAGCCUGCGGUGGCUCUCAUGAGGAGAGUUCUGCAGCGGCACGAAGAUAAGCCUGCCACUGUCAAAACCUCCAUUGGGUGUUUGCCUCCCCUCCUUAAGGCGGCAGACAAAGAUGACUGGGGUGAGGGCAGCCGUGACUUCAGCCUGUUGCUAAACUUUGUGGUUCAUCCAACACCGAAGGUCAGAAAGAAGGCAGUCGCUGGGGUGAUGGAUGUCCUUGCUGCCCUUGGGGGACACACUGCUCUGCAGCUCGCAAGCAACGAGGUUGAGGCAGUUUGUGGCACAGUACUGUCACAGCCAAAAUGUGCUGCCAAAGCUGCGGCAGAAGCUGCCAAGAAGGAUCGCGCCGCUGCUGAGGAGAAAAUCAAGCAGGCUGUGGUGGCAGCUCUGCAUUUGCUGAAUUGCCUAAAGGAGGUGCUUCCUCUUUUGACGGGUGUCACAGUGGAGAAGAUCUGUGGCCUGCUCUUCAACCUCUAUCCCCUUCAGCAGCAGCUCCUCUCAUUGACAACAUCCGAUGUACUGCGGUCGCUGUUGGACUCACCCCAGAGCCAGCUGUCACCGGGACUUGUGGCGCAGCUGUUGAAGGCACUGGGGGACUCAGUGGCUGUGCAUGAGAGGAGAAGUCACGAAGUGUGUGUCGCGCUCGCUGGAGUCAUUCAGACUGGCUACCAGCGGCUCCAUCAGCUGGACGCUCCAACAUGCCUGCAGCAGCUGCCGGGUGCUGUCCACUACCUGGUGCAGCUGCUUGGUGCAGAGCAUGAUGGCGUCCGAUAUGCCAGUGUACGCUCCCUUGUUGCCCUUCUAUCCACGUGCCUCACUGAUGACAUAGUCCGGGCUGCAAUCGUCAGCAGCUCCUCCACGGGUGCCCCCUCACCAAUGUCGUCAGCACUCUCAUCGAAAAGCUGGGCCAUGAAGGUGCAGCACUGGCAAGAGAUUUAG